AAGGAUGAAACCAUAAUUAAACAAGUGAUUAGCGAGUUGACAGAGACUAGAAACGCCCGCCGAAAAGAAAGCUGCCAAAAGUUCCAUGGCAGCAGCAGCCGCCCGUUCCCUCUCCAUAUUCAAAACGGCAGCUCAAUAUCUCCGCCACCAGCACUUCUCGUCGGCGGCGGUGGCGAAUCACGGGCCGUGGGAUUUCUAUUACGAUGAUAGUGAAGGCGAGGAAAGUGCAGUGUAUCAGCACGCCCUUAAAUUUCAACGGCCGUCAACUAUAAAACAACACCAAGUUCUCCACAACUCCGUCAGUCUCAUAGGAAAAAUUGAUUCUCCGUUCAGAAGAAUUAACACCACUAACGGCGCUUUUGGCCUUCAUACUUUCCUCAAUGUCUCCGCUUCUUCUCAGUCCCGCCCCUCUUUCAAAGUUAUGCUGAAGAUGUGGGAUGAAAUGGCGGAAGUGUCAAUGGAACAUUUGAAACCGAAGGAUUUGGUGUAUGUUUGGGGUCAUUUGAGAUCAUACAAUAAGACUGACCAGAAUGGUAAACACAUGAUGAGAUACGAGGUAGUUGUCAAGGAAAUAAAUUUUGUGACUCCAGAUGUUCAAGUCUCAGCAACCCCAGAAUUUGAGAAGAAAGAAUCAGGAGAUGAAGAUGAAUUGGAGAAGUACAGAAACCGGAUCCAUUUGUGGCAAAUUUUCUUCGCUAGCCCUUAUGAAUGGAUGGACUUCAGGAAGAGUAAAGUCAAUCCUAAAUACCCAGACUUUAAGCACAGAGAUACUGGUGAAGUUCUCUGGCUCAGGACGGAUGAUCCACCGUGGAUAAAAAGACAGUUGGACGUUCUAGAUUCUAGAUUAGUUUACCAAGGUUUCUAAGAACAAUUAAGCUCCAUAUAAGACGUCUUUCUGAACGGACGCAUGCAGAACAUUGCUGGAACCUGGUACAAGAGCCGAAGUGCUUGCGAAGCAUAGAAGACUACAAACACUGUUCAGGUUUGCUACAAACAUAAACGUGCUGUUAGAUAUGUGCAUAUUUCUUAUAAUACAACUUGCUUUGGUAAAUAUAAUAGGAUCCCCACUAUUGAUGAGAAGAAAGCCACCCCGUGUUUAGGCUACAAGUUAUGACUACACUUGGCAGUUGACCAAUUGAACUAGUUGUUUAGUGCUGGAUGCUGUUGAAAUUUUGUUUCUUGAAAAGUAUGUCUUGUACAUAAUUUUCUUGUAAGAUCAACACUUGUAUUACAAAAUAUCAUGGCUGCUCUCCCCUUUACCAAUCCAUGCCUGGUUCACUAACAUGAUACUGUGCUCGGCAAAUUGGUUGUUGGUUUUCCGACAAGCCUUACGAGGAGCUCUAGGAACUCUGAAAAGCUCCCCUUGCUGUGCUUGGCAAAUUGGACAUGUGCUGCCCGUUGGUCUUGUUAUUUGUCUGUGUGCCAUCAGGAACUAGUUCAUAUUGAGAAUAAUUUUUUUUUUUUCCCCAUUCAAAGCACAACUUCCUCUUGUUGGAACUAGAUUGCUCAGCUUGUGCUGUGAAUCUUAUUAUUGUACUCAUCUACAGAAUUAAAAAGUUUUAUACUCUA